AUAAUUUUUCCUGCCCAGAAUGUCUGGUGUAAUGGUUUCUUCAGACAUUGCUCCAGAUGAUCUUGAGUUUCGAAAACUUUUGGAGUUUGAUGUUGAUGACUUUUGGGAGAACCAAGAAACAGAAAGUGAACGCAGCUCGUUAGACGAGAACGAAUACGAUGAAGAAACUUCGAUAUAUACAUAUGCGUCACUUCAAGCACUGUUAAGGAAGCAGGGCUUGGUACCUUCAGAUGUUGAUACUGUCAAUUGGACUGUGAAGGGUCAAACCAUUUUCCAACUUUGUAGAAUUGGUGACAUUGAAAGUGUUCAAGCACUUGUUCAAAAAGGUGUUGAACUCAACGUGAGGGAUGCUUGGGAUGCCACGCCUCUUUAUUAUAGUUGCCUCUGUGGUCACGUUGGUUUGGUUCGCUAUUUGUUGGAGCAAGGUGCCGUCUGUGACGUGGACACUUUUGAUGGAGAACGUUGUUAUUAUGCGGCACUGAACAAAGACAUUCGAGAUACUUUGCUAGCUUUUCGAGGACAGGUUUUACCACGUGGUGAAGAUCAAUUCUCUGGAUAUUUGAGAAGAGUUUUUGAGAGUCUUCAACAAUGGGGAGAAGACAGUGAUGCUGAUAUUUAUUUUGAAAUAUUUGGCAACCAGGUGUAUGCUCAUCGCAUUGUUUUAGCCACAAGGUGUCCCUAUUUUGAAGAACUUAUUCAAAAACGUUGGAGGUUUAAACGUCGCAUAAAAUUGAAGCAUCCUUUGUUGAGUUUUCGUGCAUUCUAUGCUCUUGUAAAAUACCUGUAUACUGCAUCUUUGGAUCUUUCGGAGGAAGAUACUUCAGCAUUUUUAGCUUUAUGUCGACAAUGUCGUUUAGAAGGACUCCAAAAAGCUAUUCUAAGAGAGUUGAAUAUUGCUGAAGCUAAAAGAGAAAUGAAACAUCGUGUUUUAGCGAAAAUUACAGCUGGUGGUGGAGACAGUCUUCGCAUUCUUAUUUACGGAAACAAACAUUUGAACAGUUUGCAUGAAGAUUUUUCUAAACUUGGUUUGAAGCUGUUAGAUGUAUCCAAAGAGUUUUCCGAGUUUGAUGGAGAUAUGGAAAGUUGUUUGGAAUGGUUUCAUGCUUGUCCAGGGAAUCUCUAUGCUGAUGUAAUAUUAAAAGUACAGCAACGAUUUUUAUUUUGUCAUCGAUUUGUGUUGAUGAGAAGUGAAUACUUUAAAGGCUUACAGAGUUUUCGGAAAGAUUAUAAUACAGAUAUGAGUAGUUAUGAGGCUUGGACUUUGGAUGAGUUGGAUCCAUUUAUACUUUCUCAUGUUUUAUAUUAUUUGUAUUGUGAACGGUUGUUCAUAGGGAAUGAAUUGUCGACACAAAUGGUUGUUGAUAUUUUAGAUGCUGGAGAAAUGUUACUAGUACCAGGAAUCAAAGAGAGUUGUGCAUCUUUAUUAAUACAAAAUUUGUCAUGUGAGAAUGCCGUCAGUUUAUUGGAAAUAGCAGAGACUUUUUCUUUGAGUUCUCUGCGGGCUGCCUGUUGCCUUAUUAUAGCAGCAGAUUUUUGGGAUCUUGUUCGGCCAAGUAAAGAAGGGGAUGAGUUUACCGAUCUAUUAUCUCGUCUUGAACCCUAUGCAGCUCGCUCCAUUGUAGAAGAUGUUCGUGAGUCAGCAGUAGCGCUUGGCGGUUCAGAAGACCGAACAUUCGAUGAGAGAGAAGAGUUGGGAGAGCGAUUGGAUGCGGUUUUCGAAUUGUUGGGCUUUACGGAUUUGGCAUAAUGGAUUUCUACGUAAUGAACUGUGUUUGAUAAUA